AUGGCAAUGGCAACAUCAUCAAUAGGCGUUCGAUUGUCAAAGGAUAAUUCAUCUUGGGCAACGUCAACACAAGGAUAUAUUUGCAUGGCUUGUUUUUAUUAUGGACAUUCAACACAAGAUCCUUUAAUCAAGCCAAAAGAACUAAGAACUAGAUAUACUGAGGCACGUAACAAAAAUGAUGGAUUGACAACCAGUCCAAAACAAUUGUAG